UUUGUUACUACGUCUAACAAAAUCCUGCGUUUUUCGUAGCAUGGUAUACAAAAGUAAAGCAAACUUUACCAAAUGAAAUGAGUGUUUUCAUAAGCAGUAACCGCAAAAGUUUAUUGGCUAUAUCAGUGAAAAAUAGUUUAAAAAUUAUUGAGUUAGAAAAAAAUGAAGCAAUACUCAGCUAUGUAAAUCAACUAACAAGUGUUAAAGAAGAACAGAAUGAAGUUGAUAUUAUAGCCCAUAAAUUUUCUCCUGAUAGUUGUUAUUUUGCUGCAAUUACUGGAAAUAAAAAACUUUUUGUAUGGAAAAUGGCUGACAAGAAUGUUUGUUGUACCAUGGAUAUUGGAAAGCGUCCUACUUGUCUUUCAUUUGAACAUGAUAAAAAUACAGUGGUUGUUGGGGAUAAAAGUGGAGAUGUAUACCAAUGUGCACUUGAAGAAACCAAACCAAAGCUUCUUCUUGGGCAUCUGUCAAUGGUAUUGGAUGUUAUUCUAACCCCUGAUUGCAGCUUCAUAAUAAGUGCUGAUCGUGAUGAAAAAAUUCGUGUGAGUUCUUAUCCAAUGAGUUUUUGCAUACACUCAUUUUGUCUUGGACACACUGGGAUGGUUUCUUGCAUAUCACUUAUUUCAACUGAUCGGUUGGUUUCUGUGUCUUCUGAUUUAACUUUGCGGCUCUGGGAUUUUAAGAAAGGAAUACAACUAUCUGAGAGUGUUCAACUUCCCAAAGAUUGCAUUGUUUCACAUCUUGAGGUAUGCAGCAAUGAAAUAGCUAUCAUGGCUGAGAGGUUAACAGAGUUAAGAAUAUAUCGAGUUGAUAAUGAUCUUAUCAGAUUUCACUCAGUCAUAAAGUUGCAUAGUACUCUACUAAGUUUUACCUAUGUAGCAGAAAACAAUAUUGCUGUUGUAUUGAAAGACUCAAGUAGGCCAUUUGUUAUGCUUCGUCUUGUAGAGGAUGUUUAUACUGAAGUUAACCAUGAAUUAUGCUUGGCAAUUUCUUCCCAUAUUGGAAUGGAUUUUAGCUUACUUCCAGAACCGUCAACUUUAAUUCAGUUAUUAAAGCCAGUUAACGGAAAGCGAUCGUUUCAAGCGAUAACUCCAGAAGCAACAAUAAAUAUUGAGAGUUCUUCCAUUUCCAAUUAUUCAAAAAAGACAAAAACAGCUGUAAAAUGAUGAUUAAAUCUAAAAUAAACGUGUUUUUCCUGA